AUGGCUAGAAAAUACGGGCCUGUCUUGGGACUUAAGGUGGGAGGAGAGACUAUAGUCGUGGUGCAUGGAUUCCAGGCUAACCGAGAAUUUCUAAGUAGCGACGGAUUGGCAGGUAGGCCAAAAGGUCCAUUUUUUGAUUUAAGGACCUGGGGGAAAAGAUUAGGAAUCUUGCUAGUAGACGAGGAAUUCUGGAUGGAACAGCGUCGCUUCCUUCUACGCCAUCUUAGAGAAUUCGGGUUUGGCACAAGGAACAUGUCGACCUUGAUAGAAGAGGAGACUCAAGAGCUCGUUAACCACGUCAAUAGUAUUAUUGACCAUGACGAUCGAUCAGUCUUCGAUAUCCACAACCUAUUUUGUGUUCCAAUUUUAAACAGUUUAUGGAAGAUGCUUGCAGGUGUUAGGUAUGGAGCAGGAGAUGAGAAGAUGGUAGAACUACAACAGAUACUGGCUGACUUAUUCAAGCAAAUCUCAAUGGUGGGAACUACGUUCAGUUACUUCCCAAUACUGAAGUACUUGGCACCAGAAGCUUCAGGUAAAUAA